AUAUUUUUUCUGAAAAAGUGGGUACAAGGUCUGGGGGGGAAGAAGUGGAAAGGGGCUUCAAGAAAGAUCAUGGAAGAGAACGGUGAGGAUGUGAGUUCACUGGCGGCCUACAUUUCAACGGAUGGUAGCUACACAGAGACCGUGCCAGUGCCGAAUCAUGGCACGCUGACGCCUUCUUCCCAGGGGUCUUCCUCCGCUACAAAAUCAAGGCGCCAACCAGUUUGGACCGACGAGGAGACGCGGGCCUUCAUCCAGGUGUGGGGUGAUGAUGCUGUGCAAAGUGCCCUGGCUUCCAAUUAUCGCACAGUUGCACAGUUUCAGUGGAUAGCUGACGAAAUGCGCGCCCGGGGCUACAACAGGGACUGGGAGCAGUGUCGCGAACGUGCAAAGGUGCUUCGACGCGGUUUCAAAGAGAUAGUGGAUGGGAACAGCAAUGCUGGUCAUGGGCGCCGUGUAUGGCCAUAUUAUGAAGAACUUAAUCGCUUUCUUUGCAUCAAGCAAAAUCUGGUCGUUCCACGGCUUUCAGGGAGCAACGCAAGGCCGCCUGUUGACCGCCGACGCCGGGAGCACAGAGAAACACAAGAUCCCUAUGAACCGCCACUCUCCGUAGGAAAGAGCGACAAAGGGACUUUUGAAGAGCCGGAUGGGGACUGCUUACUGUUGCCUGAAUCGGCUGGGUCACAGCAGAGUGAAGCUAACAUGGAAAACCAAGUGGCAUCACCAGCAGCAAACUCUGAUAUAUCCAUGGAUGGGAGCGCUGGCCCUGGCACUCCCACUGAUCCUCUGCCAUCCAAUGACUCAAUCUCCGCACCAAAUCUGCGCCCUCGACCGCUGACUGCCGCUGAAAGGAUGCGCAAUCUCCGUUGCAGGCAGAGAAAGAGGAGGGGAGAUACGUUGAAGGAGCUGAUGGAAGUCACUUCCCAGGCCACCAGUGAACUCGUCCGGACACUGUCCGACCUCACACACAAAGAGGUGGCUUCCUUUGAGCGUGCUUACAAAGAGGACCUUUCUGCACGCAAAGACGAGAUGGAGCAGAGCGCAGAGGACAUUGGGAGGCUUGUAAGCGCUCUGGAGUCCAGUGAUCAAACUUUGAAGGAGCAGCUGAGUAGCCAGACAAGCGUACUGCAGGGCAUCUUGGAAGUCAUGAAAGACAUACGGGGUAGAACUUCUUACAGUCCUCCAUACCCGUCACAGUAUUAUGAUUUCUCAGGCCCUAGCAUGAUGCAUACAGCGGGUACAUCCUCAAAUGGUCAGGAGAUGCCGUGCCCUUCCCCCUCUGGCCUUGCAUUCCCUUCGCAGCAGUCUGCUACCAGCAAUGGAGAUGUCUCUCCCAGGAAGCGAAUGAAAUGAAAGUCUUGAAAUGGAGAGGCAUUCUGUACUGCUUAUUUAGUAUCCGUGUUGAAACCAUCCCUCCAGCUAUGGUUUGUUCUUGUUAUGACAUAUAUAUUCCUUUUUCUUACCGCCUUUCUUAUUGCAUAGUUAGGGUGUGUUUUCACCAUAUCUUAUGUGCGUCUACACAACGUUCUGUUGUUGAAAGAGCUGCCAGCAGUGUACAUUUAGAUUUGCUCUUGAUUUGGAGUGUACGUACAUUAGUUUCCCUUCUACUCUGUUUUCCCAGAGGAAUGCAGUGUUUGAUGUACAACUGUAAAAGGAACUUCAGUACACUUAACACAUUACUGGGUACCUGUAAAAAGGCAAUCUUUUUAAAGUAAUAAAGCAACACUGUUGUUCCAGAAUAAUUUAAUUUGUGUUUUACCAUAUUAUAUAAGAUUCACCAUAAUGGGUCAGAUCAGGUUUCUAGCUAGUUCAGCAUUCUGCCUUCUACAAAUGGUUAGCCAGAUGCCAUGGAGAAGUUCACAAAUGAGGAGCAAGAGUAGCUUUUGCCCUUGUUAGCCCUCAGGAUCUGGUAAUCAAGGACAAACCAACUCUGAUAACUCAUGGCCCAAGGAUCUAGCCUUCACACAUCAAUCUCGUCCUACUAAAAAGGCUAAUGAUUGUCAACAAAAUUCAUAAGUAUGCAUUGUAUUCAGAAGCAUUUCAUCUGCCCAUCAAUAUCACAUAUUUCGAGCAGUGCUAAAAUUCUGCCAUGUUGUGCCCACAGUACUGUGCAAGGCCUUAUGUCUCUGUCAUGCUAUCCUUGUCCCCUCCCACCCACGUUUUCUGUGCUGAAAAUUUAUUUCAGGGCCAGACUGGAUAUGGUAGUAAACAAACAAACCCAACCAUUUGUUUUAAAAAAUAUACCCCAAAAUAAAACAUGAUUGGGAAGAGCUGUUGGUGCCUUGUGUGUAACCUACCUCCAUGUAUACACACGCUUCUCCCAACCAAGCUUGCUCCUAGUACUGCAGCUCUACUGAGGAGAAACUGCAUAAAAUGUAAGGCACCAUCAAAAGAAGGGUUCAUCAACCCCUUCCUCAACAUCCCUUUUACGAAAAAAGAAAAAGUAACAUCCACUCCUUGUUUUAUACUGGAUUAGGGUAGGCUUGUAAAGCAAUUGGGUCUGUUGUCACAUCUAAUUUGCCCCCCCCCCCCAGACAAAGUUGCCGCUUUUCACACAGUCUCUCAACUUUUCUGUAUCCUCGACAGGAGAUGGUUCACCAUUAUGUGUGAUAAUCUGAAUGGGGACGUAGCAUCAUGGUAUGAUAGUGUUAUACGUUCACGUGCUUAUUAACAUUUUGAAGCUAUUCUGACAGCUCGGUAACUUGCUUUUUGCAGAUGUGGUGUUGCCUCUUCUUCAGCACUGCACCCACACCUGUGUGUUUUAAUCUUACUUUUGUGAGCUGUUUCUGCCAGUUCAGAUCCAAAGGAAGUGAGGCUUUACAAGCCUGCAGUUUCCUGAAACUACACUUCUGAGAAAGACCCAGCUGCAGUCAUGUGGUAGUAACCUCAGGCAGUUCCACGGGGCCCAACGGAACACACAUCAGCAUUCAGAACUUUCCUACUGGACUGGAAAAAAAAUAUAUUCUCCACUCUGUCUUUCAGUUAUUUAUUACAAAAGUACAGUUACAAAUAUUAUUUAUUUUUCUGGUGUUUCUUAAACUGAGCUAUUGAUCAUUUCAGAUCUUGGCAAUUUGUUACUGUUUUGUUUUACUUCUGAAACUACCUUUGUCACCUUGGCUUGACAUGGUUCUUCUGGUGCACAGCUUGCAGUAAAAAGUUCAGGUGCCCAGCAACCUCUUUGCGGGGGAAAUACUUUUUGCAGGUUUUUGCUGUUUGCUUUAUUGUUGCAUUUACUAGCUUCCCGCUUCAGUUAAAUGUAAGGUAUUUUUAUUAUCUAUUUGUAUAUUUCUAGCAGUUUGCUCUCCUUCGCCUGCCUUAUGAUUUCAUUUGUCAGAGAGUAUCUUGUUCAGUUAAGCAGUAUUUUCAUCUUGUCCCAUUAGGCUUGCUAACUCAAAAUAAUCAUCUGGCAUUUCCUGUGUCAUUCCUUUGCUUUCUUGGUUUAACCUAAAUAAAAUAAAACAGGA